AUGGCCUCCGUCGCCCCUUCCGCCGUUUACUCCGUUACCCCCUGGGAGAUCUCCUUCCUCGACCCCCUCAGGCAGUCUCGCAACGCCCUCAUCAUCCUCAACCAGCCCUUCUCCUUCCCCCUCCUCCGACGCCUCUGGUACUCCUCCGCCUGGCACGCCUGCGCAGACGGUGGCGCGAACCGCCUCCACGACCUUCUCAAGGACCACGACGGCAAAGACAUCAGGCACCUAUACACGCCUGAUCUAAUCAAGGGCGACCUCGACUCCCUCCGCGUAGACGUCCAAUUGUACUACGCCUCGCGAGGAGUCCGCAUCGUGCGCGAUGAGGACCAAUACGCGACCGACCUCAUGAAAUGCAUCGCCUCGCUCGUCGACGACGAAAAGGCCGAGCGGCACGUCGAGGUACGCUCCUUGAUUGGCUCGCCCCCUGCUCAACACACGAUUGUCAUUCUCGGCGGCUUGUCAGGCCGGCUUGACCAAACCGUGCACACGCUCUCGCUCCUGCACAAACUCCGGCGGAGUCGGCAGCGCGUCUUCGUGAUCACGGACGACAGUGUGGCAUGGCUCCUCGACGCAGGUGAACACCGCAUAGCGGUUGAUCAUACUGCUUUCGGUCCCACUUGCGGCCUCCUACCACUGGGCGUCGACUCGACCGUCCUAACGACGACAGGACUCAAAUGGAAUUUGACUGACCAAAUAUCGUCGUUUGACGGAUUGAUAUCCACCUCGAAUCACCUCCUUCCGGAGGAACCCGUCGUGACUGUGAAGACGACCAAACCCCUCUGGUGGACCAUGGAGCUGCGGCCACUGGCUUGA